ACCCUCCUCCAUCGCAGGCAAGGCCCCAAUCAUCCAACCUCCAUUGUUCAACCCCUUCCAGUUCACUCCCGAAGGGUGCUACAACCAGGAAGCGAAGAAGGAUCCCGAUCAACAUGGACCAGAGAUGUUCCAGGGCUUGUUCCGCGCGGCACAUAAGAACUUACUUGAGCAUAAGUUCGACGUCUUCCGCAGCAUCUGUGCUGCAGACUUUGUCACGGAUUCGGCAACCAUGGUGCAGCUGUUCACAGUGGCCAGCGAGGUAUACCGCCAAACACCGCGUGUCACCACCGAGCUCCAUCUCGACCUUUUUGUCCACGUCAUCAACGGCAAGGUAUUCAUGAAGGCCUCACAUCCACCAUACGGCCACUUUCGGAGAGACGCCACCGGCCAGCUUGUCCCGCCUCGAUUUGGCUUCUGCGAGAGGAUAAGGUCGAUGAACGCGCAGUGUUUCAAGCGAGCGACAACAUACAAGAUACAGACUUCGGGGGGGAGUGUCAUAACUCCGUUUAAUAUCCUCAUCCAGGACGACCAUCUAUCGGAAGUACUCCGGCCAGGGGUGCAGCCUGGUUGCGUGUCUCAUCGUAGCUGCCAAUACCACGGAGCCACUAACCAGCACGCUAUCUCAAUCGUCCCCCAGGGCUAUCGUGGGAGUUUGAUUGACUUUUGGAACAAAGAAGGAUGGACAGAGAUCCUGCCCAGAGUAUAUUUCGCCGGUUGUGAAGAAGUCCUCCUCGGCCGGUUUGGGGUUGAUCUGAAGAAGGGUUUCUGGGAUAGUGCCGGUCCUAGUCAUGUGCCCCCUAUGUUCUCGCAGUCCUGGGGACAAUGCCAUCCCGGAGAGCUUUGGAGUUUGGCAAUUCUCUUGGAGUGGAUCCAUAUCAGAGCAGAGGACCGCACUUCCACCUAUGGGAGAGAUACUCAGUUUACCGUGCGACUCAAGCCCACCUCAUCUAAGCAGUAUGGCGGCGCUAUCGUGCCUGUUUAUGAUAUCGUCGCCGAGAAAUCGGAGACGGGGGAGAGAUUGGUCUCGGAAAAGGACGUCGAGACUCUUUGCCGCUGGAUGACCGAACCGGGUUCCCCGUAUCCCCCAGCAGGAUUCCAAAACUAGCCUGAGCGGUUGUCGGGGUUCUCUACAUAACUCGUCGGGGGUGGUGACGAUAAUGGCGGGGAUGGAAUAUUAGUUAUGGAGGGAUAGGAAAAAGUCUGUUAGAGAGACAAGGCGGGAAGCCGAAGCGAAGGGACGGGCAUUUAG